CCCGUGCUGGGCUUCUCCGGGGCUUUCCGGGCGCGCGCGAAGAUGGACCUGAGCGCCUUCGAAGGGGACAACUCGGCGAACUGCCUGCUGGACUCCGCUGUGCCAGCCAUUUGCCGGACCGAGCCAUGCACCCUGGGCAUCGAUGAGGCAGGCAGGGGCCCGGUGUUGGGUCCCAUGGUCUAUGGAAUCUGCUAUUGUCCUGUGGCCCGACAGGGAGAUAUGGCAGAACUCAAAGUAGCAGAUUCCAAGACUCUGACAGAGGCCCAGCGAGAACAACUCUUUGAGAAACUCGAUGCAGCCAAGGAUUUUGUAGGUUGGGCCCUACACAUCCUCUCACCCAACUUCAUCUCGACCAGCAUGCAGCAGCGAGCAAAGUACAACCUGAAUGCACUUUCACACGACACAGCCAUUGGCCUAAUCCAGCACGCACUGGACUCCGGAGUGCAGGUUGCAGAGGUUUUUGUGGACACCGUGGGGCCAGCAGAAAAGUACCAAGAGAAGCUUAAGCAACGUUUCCCAGAGCUGGAGGUCACUGUGAAGCCAAAGGCAGACUCUCUCUUCCCCAUCGUCAGCGCAGCCAGCAUUUGUGCCAAGGUAGCAAGGGACCGCAUCGUGAAGAGCUGGAAAUUCUUGGAAGACCUGGAAGGUGUUGAAACAGAUUAUGGUUCUGGCUAUCCCAAUGAUCCCAAGACUAAAGAGUGGCUCACACAAUGUCUGGACCCGGUGUUUGGCUACCCACAGUUUGUACGGUUCAGCUGGAGCACAGCUCAGAUCAUCCUGGAGAGCAAAGCCGUCCCAGUGCGGUGGGAUGAUACUGAUGAUGACCCAUCCCAGAAAAAUGUCCCAUCUCUACUGAGCUACUUUGCCCGGAAACAGACACCUGUCAAGCGCCCUCCUCACCGCUUCUUUUAUGAACGCAAGCUUGAGACCGUGACGGGCCUGUAGGGGGCAGCAGAGAGUUCCCUUUGUGUUGGAUCCUCUUAACUUUGAUUCCACAGAAAACUUUCCCUGUUUGUCACCUGGUUUUGUUAAUCUGCAGUUGUAAAUCCUUUGAGCCGCAGCUACAAAAGGAAAUUUGGCACCGUUGCACCAAUAAGUUGGGGCAGAAAUUGUCUGAAAAGGGGGGGGGGCUGGUAAAGUUUCUUUUAGGUGGCAUUUGUACUUCCAUUUUACUUUUUUUAAAAAAAUUAAUAAAUCAAAACAACUACUGAAA